AAACUUAAUUCCGUAUCAGUGUACAAAAAGCAUAUCUGCAAACCGAAUUGCAGAGAGAAAGAGAGUGUAUGUGAUUGGUGGGGAAGGUGGAAUGACGAUGGACCGUGAGAAGGAAAGAGAGAUUGAGCUGGAGAGUGCAAUGUACACCAACUGUUUGUUGUUAGGACUGGAUCCGGCGAUCAUCGGCAUCGGAGUCGGCAAUGGCACGCCUCGGGUCGGGCUCUUUCGUCAUUCGAACCCUAAAUUGGGGGAACAGCUUCUUUACUUCAUACUAUCUUCUCUUAGAGGCCCAACUCAAUCCGCUAAAGACUUUGAUAAGGUAUGGCCAAUAUUUGAUUCCGCGCAGUCUCGAGAUUUCCGCAAGGUCGUACAAGGAAUUAUAAGUGAGUUAGAAUCACAAGGCGCAUUACCCAGGAGCAAUUCUAGGGUAUCAUCACUGGCAACUUGUUGUGGAACGAGAUUUGUUGAACUUCUUUGGCAACUUUCUUUGCAUGCUUUGAGGGAGGUUCACAGGAGAACGUUUGCAGCUGAUGUAGCCUCUAGUCCAUUGCCUGCUUCAUUGACAGAUGUAGCUUUCUCACAUGCUGCCUCGCUACUCCCUGUAACUAAGGCUAGGAUUGCUCUUGAAAGAAGGAGAUUUCUGAAAAAUGCAGAAACAGCUGUACAUAGACAGGCAAUUUGGUCUAAUUUGGCCCAUGAAAUGACAUCAGAAUUUCGUGGUCUUUGUGCGGAAGAGGCAUAUUUGCAACAAGAACUUGAAAAGUUGCAUGAUUUGAGAAACAAGGUCAAGGUGGAGGGUGAACAGUGGGAUGAACUUGUAUCUAGCUCCAGUCAAAACUCUCACAUGGUUCAGAGAGCAACUCGCUUGUGGGACUCGUUACUGUCUCGAAAGAGCCAGCAUGAGGUCCUUGCCUCAGGCCCCAUUGAGGAUCUUAUAGCUCACCGUGAACAUAGGUAUCGAAUCUCUGGGUCAUCCUUACUUGCUGCAAUGGACCAAAGCUCUGCAGUUCCUGUUGACUUGAGUGCAUCACAUUCUGAUAAGAAAGGUGAAACCAAAGGAUCACGAGAAGAUUUAUAUAGAGACAAUUACAAAGUCUGUUCAGAUUCUUCCCAUAUGCAAGGAAAUGAGGAAGUAUUUUCACGAAUGGAUGACAGAACCUCAAGAGGCCACCCUACUGUUGAUGUAGCAGAAGUUUUGAGACGUUGGACACAUGCCCUACAACGAAUCCAUAAACAAUCUCUUCAAUUGGCAAAAGCAAAUGAUGGAGAGGGACCAGAGCUUCUACGAACCUCACAUGGUGGUGGCACAAGUAGUCAUGCUGAAUCAUUAGCAGCAACACUUGCUGAACAUCAGCAACAUCUAGCCAGCAUACAGGUUCUUAUUAAUCAACUGAAGGAAGUUGCUCCAAGUAUACAGAGUUCAAUUUCGGAACUAAAUGAAGAGGUUAAUAGCAUUUCUUCUACUUUGCCUGCAUUGACCAAACACCAUGACAGAUCGAACUCACCUAUCCAACCACAAAGUAGUGGAAGAGCAUUGGACAAUAGCAUUGAUGAGGUUGCUGACAUGAACUCUAGAUUGUCAGCCAUUCAGCUGGAGAAUGUAUCAGCAAGCCCUCCUGUUUUGAAGCUUCCACCAUUAUUUAGUCUUACACCUAAUUCUUCCGGGAAAGGUGAGAACACGCAGAAGAGACAUAUGCUGGCACAAACCAUGCACAUAGAAAACACGUCAGAGAAAAAAAUAAUGGACCAGCCUCUGUCAAAUAAUCAUAUGGAUAACCCAUCACAAGAUGAUGACAUUUAUUUUGUACAAAACUUGAAACGCUCAGUUAGGGAAGCUGCCCUUUUGUCCCAAUCAUGUAAUCUAGAAUCAUCACAAGGUAGUCAUGCUGAUGACAGCUCAGAACAUUACUUUGUACCGCAUUCUGGAGCAGCUGGAUUUUCUCGUACUGGUCAAGAGAACAAAUCAAUUUUGUCAGGCACUGAACAAUUGUUUUGUUCUGGAUCAGACUCAUCUUAUUUUGUAACUAGUGGUUCUGAAAAUAAUGCUGGUGGCAAGUCUGAUGGGGUACCAGAUAUACUAACUGAUCUGGAUUCUUUUGAUGACUUCGAUGCUGUGAAUGGUUUCCUCUCUGUUGUUGGUUCAAACUCUUCAAUUUCUGAUGCACCCAGAUCGUUUUAUGAUGUGGAUGAAACUCCAAACGAAGCAUUUUCACCCCCUUUGCUUAUUGACACUUCAUUUUUUGGUGAUGGUUAUGAGGACUUGCUCGCACCACUAUCAGAAAUGGAUGCCGCUUUAAUAGAGCAUUGAGAUCAGAGAGUGUGCACAACCUUUUCAUGUGUGCAGAAACCGACGUGGGAGACUUGUAUUUAACCUUUGGUUUGACCCAGGAUGCACAUCAUCUCUUAUUGUGUGUACUAAAGAUGAUGUUGUAUGGUUUCGUUCUUUGGUCGAUUCUGUGGAUGCUUCAGAUCUGGUGAUACCUUCACCCUAAGGUAAUGCCUAAAGUUCUUGUUUGGGUAAGAUAUCUCUUGAUGUCAUGAUCCUCCUAGACGCAGCUGUGCUGAAACCGCGGAACAACAGCCUAACAUAUUUGAUUUUCUCGUGGCAUGCAAUGGGUUGAGAGUAAGCUUCUAAUUAUGAAGAAUGGACCUUCCUUGUUUGAGUUUUGAAGUAAUGAAUGUCCAAAUUCACGCUCGACAGGAACACUGUUUAUUGUCAAUUGACUUCUUUCAGAUCAUCUAGCACAGUUUAUUUUCCUGUCACCCAGCUCUUCUAAAUUUGAAGUAAAACCAAAAUUUACUUUCUUAUUCCACGUGUAAAUUAAGCUUGACCAACUUUUAUGGUGCACAACUGCACAAGAAGGCACAUUACGUGAUUUACUGAUUUGUGUUUAUAACUUGAUGAACAAAAAUGCCCGCCGAAGAUGAGUAUAUAUGGUGUUAAAUUAAA